GGGAGGGUCGGGGCUCCCAGUGGGGACUGAAGCUGAAGCUGUUUCCUGGCGACUGCGAACUGCCUCCAACAACUGCUGAGCUGUGGGAUAUGGUGAUCGCUGUGCAAAUCCGGAGGAUGUAUCGAUACCCAUUCGAGAAUGUGGUCGACACACAUUUAAAUAAGUACCCAACUCCGCUUGAGAAGCACAUCACGGACGUUAAGAUAAUUGAAGAGAAAACAGAUGCCUCCACAGGAGUGGUUUACAGGAGAAGUUUAGCCACUUGUAGCAAUGUCAUUCCUCUGUUUUUGAGAAGGUUCCAGGAUCUCAAGGUGAACUGCAUUCAUCUGGAGGAAGAGUCGUGGCUUGACAUGAGGCAGCGAAUCAUGAACGUGAAGAGCCGCUGUGUUUCGUGGACACACUAUGCGACCUUAAGGGAAGAGUCUGUCUUCAAAGCAAGUGUAGAGAACCCUAACUGGACGGAGUUUGCUCAACACGGGAAGGUGUCUGUGACUGGAGUGGGCCCCUUCAACGGUGUGUUGGAGCUCUUUGCUCAGACUUUUUUAAACCGAGUAGUUAAACAGAGCGUUAACAUAAUGGAGACGAUUCUGAGGGAGAAGUGCGGUUGUCCUUUCGCCUGAGAUGAUUAAAACCGUUCUUUCCGUUAGGAACUGAAGUCAAAGGAGAACGAUUUGAGGUUGAUUUAAGGCAAUUCUGGGCGAUUCUAUUUCACUGUCUGCUAAACUGAUUUACCGAAUCUGAUGUGGAAAAUGCUUAAAUUUACUUUAAAUAGGUACAUGUUUCUUCAAAGUUGUAGAUAAUAAACGUGUGUGUACUGUACUGUGAAAUUGGGUUAGGUUGAAGUCAGCCGGGUGCUUCAGGCUAUCAGCUUAUCGUUAAUUCCACUGUGUACUACACACAUGUUAUUGAAUUGAUAGCAACUGUGUACUGCAAAUAAACCCACACCACACAGCUCCCACGUAGAAAUACUGAUAACAAAUACUGACUGCUUUUCGCAAGUUGCAUCAAAAUUAUUUUCAGGAUAACAGUUGGUUAUUCUAACCAAAUUACGCCACCAUUUUCCACCACUUGUGUCUGAUGAUUUUCCAUUGAUUUCUGCCUAUCCUUUGAGAAAUGUAUCUCCAUCCUAACCUUUACCAGUGUAGCAUUGCCUUGGUUUAGGGAUUUAUGAUAGUUUGUGGCUCAUAUAUCUGGACCAAACCCACUCUUGUUUGCAAAACUGCUUCGGUGAUUGCAAUCAAAUUCCAACUAUUGAUAUUGAUCUCUGCAUUUAUAAUCAAUGACGUUUGAUUUUGUUAGACUGGCAGCGAAACCAUUUCCAAGUGAGCUUUUCAUUUCUACCAAAGUGACGUUGGAUAUUUUAUUACCGUUUGCUGUGACUCAGUCUGUCGAUUUAAAUGUGCCGUUCAUCAGGGCACUUGUUGAAGUAAAACCUUUCCUAUCCAGUUCUAUAGAAUUACAAACCCAAUGUAUGACAUUGUCGCUAUUCUUUUAGGUGGGGAAACUGUUGUCACACAAUAUAUAACCAAAUUACCUCAUCAAACAUUUGGUCUUAAUGUAAAUAUGGUCUUAGUGGACUUUCAGGUCACAGUUAAGGCUGAGAGAUCUUUCCGAAAGGGAUUGCUGUUCAGUAUAAGAAACAGAAUCAUUAUUCUAGCUGAACACACGCAGGAUAUAUCCAGUGUUUAUUUAAUAUUGUGAUCAUUCAUUCAAUGGUGUGAAGCCAUCUAAUAUGAAUUCUGUGAAUGAUGUUUGUAUCACUGAUGUUUUGUCCACAAAAAUACAGUCCAGUCACUUUACAGUAUAAUA